AUGGAAGACGCCCAUGCGACAGUUGUGCUCCUGGUACCCAAACAGCACGUGAAGACUGUAAAAUCAGCUCUUGAAAAUACCGGCCAGCUUGACAAGAGCAGCAAGAUCACUCCAGAACCCAAAGACGGCAAUCCGAGGGUAACAAACCUACCUCCAACACCAGACACAUCGGGAGAUCAAAAUCCCAUUCCCGAGUUUCCUCAGUUAAAGUUCGAUGUUGCUCGCGGAGAGUAUGUCGAUCCUUCCACCAUGGACACGCAACCCCAAAACCAUGAAGACACAGAAGAGCAACGUAUGCGCAUGGCGACCAUGAUCUCUUGUCCGGUAGACGAAAUAACCACCGAAAAAUUCCAAACCAGCGUACUUGACAAUCUCGCUUUGCGCCACCUUGCCCAAGACAUCACAUUCUCGUACCAAAUGCCGGUUCCAAGCCCUUCGUCAACACCAAUACUGAGAACUCCAGUCCAAAGAGCUAUGAAUGAGGCGCUCUCGAGACUACCAGAAGGAAUACUAGCUUCCGUGGAACUUACACCUGAAAUGCUCGUCGGUGACUUCCCGGACGGAUAUUCGCUUUACAAACCUAUGCUUCUACUUCCGCACAAUGCAUUCUCUUCUGAGACAUGGACGAAGCUUCUCUCCGCCUAUGCAUUAGACUCAUCCUUGAUACAACCAAUGUGGCAGCGCAUUGCAGAGUCAGUGGGGGCAACACAUGUCGCCAUCAACGCACCCAUUCCACUUCAAACGACAGCACAGGGUGAGGAAAACAUCCUUCGUAGUCCUGUCAACCUCACUCCGAUAUUUGGAGACUUCGGCCCGGCACCCACUAAAGAGACGAUGGCAUCUCCCACUGCAGCUGACUUUGAGGAAGCUCUAUGGGUAACCACGAAGCAAAACGGCAUCUGGCAGACGUGGGCGCCUGUAUACACCAUGUUCAGCCGCGGCAACAUUCGCGAGAAAACACGUAUUUUGGAGUUGCCUUCAGUCAGUGAACCAUCCGCGGCCGUGGACCUUUACGCCGGCAUUGGAUACUUCGCCUUCUCGUACAGAAAGAGUGGAUUGAAUGGGGUAAAACGAGUCCUAUGCUGGGAGCUCAACCCCUGGUCUGUUGAAGGCCUACGACGAGGCACAAAGAUGAAUGGCUGGACAUGCCGGAUCAUCAGGGAGGAUGAGAGCCCAGCGUCUCUUGGCCCUACUCUGGAGGAUAUCGACUUUGUAGUCUUUCAAAAGAACAAUGAGACCGCUGAACAAGACUAUGCGGCAAUAGGCACUGAGGAUAAACUACCUAUUCAUCACGUUAACCUUGGAUUGCUACCGACUUCGACGCUUUCUUGGACAACUGCUGCUGCUAUGCUGGAUCAGGAGCUUGGAGGGUGGAUCCAUGUGCAUGAGAACGUCAAAGCGAGUCUAAUGGGGGCCAGGAGCCAGGAGAUAGGAAUUGAGUUCCAGAAAUUAGUGGAUGAGCACAAGGACAAGGUGGGCAAGGGGAAACAGAAGAGGGCAGUCGUGGAGCACGUUGAGGUAGUGAAGAUGUAUGCACCUGCUGUCUGCCAUCUUGUUUUCGAUGUACAUGUGGAGAACUUGGAGUAG